AUGGAGACGAUGGCAGCGGGUCCCGCGCCGCAGCAGAGGCCGGGGCGCAUCGCGCGGAGGCUGGCUAGGCUUCUCCGCCGCAAGAGCUCCCCGGCGGCGGGGGCGGGGAUGGCGUACUCCGUCGCCGGGGACGACGAGUUUGACGACUCGCUCGACAGCUCCAUCAACUCGCUCAGCAAGCUCAAGCUGUCCGGCAACCUGGCUGCUGCCUACACGCUGGACGCCUUCUUCAAGAAUGCCACGGAGAAGAAGGGGCCGGCGGCGGCGCCGCCACAGACGCAGCCUACGCCGUCGGCUGCGCCUGCGCCGGUGCCGGCGCUGGCGCAGGACGCGUACGCCGCGAAGCACGCGUUCGUGGCGACGCUGUUCGCGAGGGCGUCCGCGGUGAAGGCGGCGUACGCGCAGCUGCAGCUGGCGCAGCACCCGUACGACGCCGACUCCAUCCAGGCGGCCGACGCCGGCCUGGUGGCGGAGCUCACCAAGCUGUCGAGCCUCAAGCGGCGGUACGCCAGGGACCCGGCCGCCGCGGCGGCCAGGAGCUCCGCCGCCGCGCUCGCCCUCGCGGCGCACGCCGACGAGCAGCGGCACCUGCUGCGGACCUACGAGAUCACGGCGCGGAAGCUGGAGGCGGAGCUCCGUGCGCGAGACGCCGAGGUCGAGCGCGCGCGCGCCGCGCUGGCCGACGAGCUCCGCGCCGCGCGGGGCCUGGAGGAGCGCGCCCGCACCCGCACCCGCACCCGCACCCUGGCGGCGCUGGACGACCUCCACCUCUCCGGCCUCAACGCUACCCACUUCCUCACCGCGCUGCGGCACGCCGUCAAGUCCGUCCGCGCCUUCGCCAGCGCAAUGCUCGACGCGAUGCGGGCGGCCGGCUGGGAUCCCGCGGCGGCGGCUGCUGCCGCCGCCGCCGUGCACCCGGGCGCCAGGCUGCGAGAUCCGGCGGGCGACGCCAGGUUCGCGCUCGAGUCCUACGUGGCGCUCAAGAUGUUCGCGGGCUUCCACCGCAAGGACCUGGGCCUGAGCUCCCUCCACGGGCGGGGCUCCUCCCACGACCGGCGCCGCUUCUUGGAGGAGUUCGCGGAGGCCAAGUCAGCCGCCGCGGCGGAGUUAUUAGUCCAGGACAACGACGCGAGCGGCGACGCGGGGCGGUGGGGCGCGCUCCGCGAAUUCCUCCGGGACAGGUACGCGUCCGUGGUGCACGAGCGGAUGGAGGCCACCUUCUUCGGGCGCGCGUCGUCGGCGUCGGCGGCGCACCAGCGCGGCGCGUGGCUCGGCGAGUUCGCGGAGAUGGCGCGGCGCGUGUGGCUGCUGCACUGCCUGUUCUGGGCGUUCGACGGCGCCGCGUCCGUGUUCCAGGCGCGCCCCGGGGACCGGUUCUCGGAGGUGUUCAUGGAGAGCGUCAGCGACGCGGACGGCGGUGGCUGGACGACGCCGGCGCCGGCGCCAGCACCGAGCGGGCACGUCGCCGUCGGGUUCACCGUGGUGCCUGGGUUCAAGCUCGGGCGGACGGUGAUACAAUGCCGGGUCUACCUUUCCCACCCGGAGCACCGGCCCUGA